AUGUCGAACGAAACGGACGACAACACGUGCAAGCUUGUUUAUAUGCGCCGUCGUCAGGAAGACGCUAUCGCGUUCGCCGCGAAGGAAAAGGAGCUGCUUGCCGAGAAGACGAAGCGACAGCUCAAGCUUGAGGAGGAAAAAGAACAGGAGAAGGCGAGGGAAGAAGCACUCAUUGCUGAGGCUGCCGCGCUUGGCGGGCCGGCCGCGGCCGAAGAAAUGCGGAAAAAAAUUGCGUCGGAUCGCAGUAAGUACCUCCGCUCGGUGGACGCGUUUGGGAAUAAAAGCGUCCGUCUACAGCACUCCUUCACCGGCCUGGCCGACAAUCGCAUUAUUCAAUGGUGGGAGCAUCUGUACUGGAAUUACAUUCGCUACUUUUUCACACAAGAACUCCUCAUUGCGAAGGAUCGAUUUGGCAACAAGUUUACGGUCACGUGGCAGUUUAUCAAAGGGCGCCAGGAGCAGCGCCGGAUGUAUCGAAAAGAUAGCAACAAGAAGCACCAACCCUACGGCGCGCUGGCGACGGACGAUCGGUUGUGGGAGCGGUGGAUGCGCAGCCACCGCGGGGAUCCGCCCAGCGUGGCCGAAGAAGAGCAUCUACGUUACUACAAGCGAGAGUUCUUCGGCCCGAUGGUGCUCGACGACGAGGAGGUCGAGGAUUCGAUGAUGCGCCUGAUGGCCCACAUGAAUCGCUCGCAGGCGAUGUUUCAGGAGUUGGACGACAAUCAGGAUUACGGCGACGCCCACCGGGCCACACGGCCUUUGCGUGAGACCGAGCGCAAACCGGGUGAGGAAAUGAAAGCCAAGGCACAGAAGGGCGCCACCUGGACGCUUGGGUUCGUUCGUGGCGACCUCUUUUAUAACGAGGAGGAGACCCAGGUGAUGCGAACCGAGCUCGGGCACAUCUUCCGGAAUAUGGAGUGGCAGGCGCUGGAAUAUAAACGGCAGGUGCGCACGAAUAAGCGUCAGCACCCCCGUGGCAAACCUGCGGAGGGCACGACCGACCCCAACGCCCCGGACGGGGAGCCGGUGAAGCACUAUUGGCACCGCACCGACUUGGAUAUCCCCUACCACGACGCGGUGCCGGAUCUCAGCACGCCAGAGCUGGAGCGUCUGCGCGUCGAGUCCGACCAACUGGAGGACGAACGUUUAGCCAUUCGGAAGGAAUUAGGGCUCACGGAUCUGGGCGAUAUUCGCGAGGGUCGGGACCCGAUCCAACAGGAUCACGCCCCGUUUGAGCCGCCACCGGUAUCGAAACACUGGAAACCGAGGUGCUGGGACGAAUCGUGGGGGACUGGUGCCGGUGGGUUGUUCUGUUGA